UGAUGUAGUUAACUUUGUUUCUGUUUCUUUUGUGAAUUGUAUUUCAGGUGUAGGGAGGAAAAUGCCACAAAUGCGUUUGGACAGUUAAUAUUAAACAUCAGAAAAGGAAUUAUGAAAGGAGUAUUCCACUGGGGGUUUUAGUGUUUAUUUUUCAUCUGGUGUUUUAGCUCUUUGUAAUGGUGUAUAAGAAAGGCAGAUCAUAAAGCCGGUAUAGCCUUAUGCUUUUAGAUGAUGCAUUGCCCUAUGGGGAACUAGAAAACCAUCUUUUUAUAGUAACUAUUAUGCCGUACCUGGAGAAAUCCUUCCAAUAGUCAAAGCAGUUGCUCAUUUUUACGUAUGAAUGUUUGUUUUAUUUUAGGGUAUGCUAUGACUGGCUUCAGACUCCCCAUCACUACUUUUAGAAAACUGAAUGUCUGGUUUGGACUGUGGGAGAAAUUCCCCUCUAAUAAACUGUAUCCUUCUUGGAGGAGAAGCGUAUUCUGUAGCUGUCAAGCAAGGACAGGAAACUACAGAAGAUGUUUCAGCUUUUCCCCAGUAAAACUCUGUGCACUAAGACUUUCUCCAGAGUAUAUCUCGGUAUUUUCUCUGCGGAACAAAAGUAACAAAAGCUCUAAAAGGAGCAAACGAACCGUACAAGAAGAAGAGGAAGAAGAGGAUGAAGAUGAAGAGGAAAGCGAUUUGGAAGAUGAAUUUGAAGAUGACCCCAAUGUAGUAAAAGAUUACAAGGAUCUUGAAAAAGUAGUGCAGUCUCUUCGAUAUGAUGUGAUCAUGAAAGCUGGUCUAGACAUUGCAAGAAAUAAAGUAGAAGAUGCAUUCUACAAUAAUGAACUCAGGCUGAAUGGAGAAAAACUAUGGAAGAAAAGUAGAACUGUGAAAGUUGGUGACACGCUGGAUCUCAUAGUAGGUGAAGAUAAAGAAACAGGAACUGCUGUAGUUAUGCGGGUAGUCUUAAAAAAAGUAUCUAACAAAACUGAAAGUGAAAAAUACAAAGUAAUUUUGAGGCGUUGGAAAAACUUAAAAGUGCCCAAACAGGAUGUACUUAAGUAACAGGGGGUUGCAUGUGGCAGCAUAAGAUUUUUGCAGAAAACGGUAUUGGUUGUUAAAUAAGAAUUUUGGUUAAACAAAAUUACAGUACCCUUUUUUAAGGGCUCGUGUCAGAAUGUUAUCUCCCUCUGCUGUGUACAUCAAUAUUCAUGCAAUAAGCCUGUCGCUUUUUGCUGUUAGUUUUGUUUCAUGAUACUGUGGGAUAAAAGAUCCAACCCUUAUGUUUCCAGGCAGUUUCCUUACAGAUGUUACAAAUAACGAACCAAUAAAGACUAAUUUGAUCGCU